AUGGCUCAGACUCCACAACAACGAAGAGCAAAUGAAAGAUACGCAAAGAAUGAAACUGCCAAGCGAGGCAAACCAGAGAACAUUUCAAAGGCAAAGAUAAAGCCAAAGGCAUCUCUCUCAACAGGCUGGGUCGUUGUGCUUGCAUUUGUUGUGUGUGGUGGUGUUAUGUUUGAACUAGUACGGGUCAUUCCAGAAUUAUGGGGUUUGAUAUCAUCAUUGAUUAGUCGAUGGACAAGUUAA